CGGACCGAUUUAACCGUCACGUUGGCGGCGGAACGGUGAGAGCGUCGCGAUGCCAACACUACGAGACGUGCGCGCUAUGACUUAGGUUUCUUAAAAUGGGUACAACUAAACUAUAACAACAGGCAAGUGACUAACAACAAUACGAAGAGUAAAUUUAGAUCGUGUAUUCAACGAACGUUUGUAUUUCUUCGAAAGAACGUUAGAAUAAAUAGUAGUGAGUAAUUCCUCUUUAUAUAAAUUGUGGAUGUUAAAGCCCCAUCGGAAGUGUUUUUGUAGUGUGUGGAUGUGUAGCCAACAAAGGAGCUCGCGCAUGAACGCUCUUCCGCGAUGCGUGUGUCUACGAGAGCAUGUAUGUGAUAUUCCCGGCCGAUGAAGUAGUUUACCUAUCAUACGGUCGACUUAUCUACGUUUCGAGUACACCCGAAGUUCGCGAUCCUCAAUUAGCUCAGUUACAACAACAUUUCCAAUUUGUCAACCAAGAUCUCCAAUCCUCAUCGUCUCAGGAGGCCCCAACAAAUCAACCGAGAAGCAGUUGCCAAUCUACAGGAAGUCACUCUAGCGCCCCUUCCACUAGCACUAGUUCUAGUAGGAGCUUUCGCUCCGUUCAUAGCGCUCCUUUUCUUACCCAAAGCCAUCAAUCAAACGAAAAACUAACACCACCGAAACAAUCUAAAAGCAAAGACGACUUAUCUGAACGGCCACCAGAGCGUCCGAAACGACAGAAGGAGAAGAAUUCGGGGUCGUUUUUGAGGCUUCCUACCCGAAAGAGUUUCCACAUACGGAAAAGUGACCCGAGAGAUAAUAGGAAGUUGUCGUUCUCCGAUUUCGCUCGCACCAACAAUAGGGAUUUCACGCUGCCUGUACCAUCAACUCCCGUAUCAAGUGCAGACAAUCGACCAAGAAGUCGAGAACGUAGUCCUAGAGGGUUAGAACCAGGUCGAUAUAAAACUGAAUAUUGGGACAACAAGCUGCCAGUGGCUGUGACACAAUAUCCUGGGCCAGAUAAAUCUCCCCAAGGGAGGAAGAAGGGUCUUUUCGGUAGCGUAAGACACCGAAAAGCUCAAAACACAGCGGAGAUGGCCGCAAAUGAAUCUCCGUUAAAAGAUCUCAUCCAUCCAAGUUACAAUGACCACCUCAAGACACACAACUCGGUCACGUUCAAACUUGUUCGAACCGUUUCAGAUUUCACCCAACAGUUGAGUCAGAUGUACGAACAUCAUGCGGAAGAACUGCAACUCUUAGUAUCCAACUUCCGCAAGAGAAACGGAGAAUUACGAAAAGAAAGGCCCGCAUGUCCCAGUUCCCUCUUCCACACGUGGGAAACUCUACUCCAAGAAGUUGAGAUCGACUCUCAGACGCUAGGUGAUGUCGCGUCGAUACUCGGCCGACAAGUAUCACGCCCUUUGCUGGAGAAGUCUUUCUACAGGAAGAUCCAGUCACGAAAGGUCUUCACCCAUCGCGAGAGCUACGACACCAUAAUAGCGAAAACGGAAGAGAAGCUCGCGAAAUGCAGGCAAGACUACAAGAAUGCUUAUUUGUCAUACCUAACAACGCCCACGACGGAUAGUCUUAGUGCGUAUUUCAACACUCACAAUGCCUACAUACAACAGUUACAUGCUACGAAUGGUAUGUUAGAAGAAUACGGGAAAGAAACGUUGCCCCAAUUGUUGCAGGAGUUGGAAGAGAUAUAUUCCGACCUUUGUUCUACUGUCGCCGAUUCAGUACUUCAGGGAGCUGAGGUUUUGUCAACAAGGGCAAUGGAGCAAUGUAGAAGAUACGAAGGAUUAGUAAGUCAAUGUAAAAGUGUUUCGGGUCCAAACGAUUUAUCCCAUUUAACGAGAGCUUUACCCGUUCCAACAACACGAGGGCAUAUUCUUCGAAGGCCAUUCGUACCACCUCAACCACCCCCAUCGGUUCAAGACCAAGCAGACGACGGCACCGAACUACUCAGUGACAGUAUUCCACCCCCACUUAGAGACGAGCUGGUAAUUGAUCGUCUUUCAGCUGUACAAGUUAGGCCAUCAUUUGAUGCUUUAAAAAGAGAAGCUACAGAUUUAGAAGUCCAGAUAAGACAGAUUCAAGAUGCAUUGGACAAUCUUUUAAGAGUACAACAGAGGUCAGUGGAGGCGAACCUCUUCAACAAAGCCAACGAAAUCCAAGAAGACAUCUCCAUGAAGCGAUUUGAAUUACGAGUGGCUCAGAUCCAUCUAAGCGCGAUAAACGCUCAGAAAGAACUAUUUGCUCAUAAAUUAGAAUCGGGUGACGCGACUGGUCGAGAACGAAAGAAUUCUUCGUCCUCAACAAACAGUAUGAAAAGUAAAUGGAUGAAAGCUUUUAAAAGCUUGAAGACACCACCACCAGAAGAAAAAAAAAACCAAAUGUACCAUGCCGUCUCCACAAUCAUACAAAUGAGGAAAAACGGCGCGGCUGCCACGAGGGAGCUGCUUAAAGGCGAUCCAGAUGCCCACAAUUUCCAAGAGUAUACUUACAAGAAAAUUACCCCAUGUGACGUGUGCUCGCAGGUGUUGCGAGGACACACAAGACAAGGUUUAAAAUGUAGAAUUUGCAAAAUGAACGUUCAUGUCGAUUGUCAAGAAAAAGCAAGCAAAUGCGAAGCGAAAGCUAGGUUAUUGAGGCGACAAAAAUCAACGUCCGAAAUUGAAACAAAGAUUCCAGAUACGACAGCCGACGAAGAAAGUAUAGGAAUAGAUAACUCAUACUCAGGAAUGCCGACCAUGAAUCGACAGCUGUCCAUAAAAAGCGAUAGUCACAUUUUGGAGAAGGAAUCCGAUUCUAUAAUAGAGACAACAGAGGUGGAUCUCAUUUACCAAGUCCUAAAACAGGCUGGAGAAAUUUCAAGUAGCAGGUCCCGUACUAAUUUGGAUGCAACUGGGCCUCCUGGUAUAACGGUUGACGGUCGAAGUGCUUCCGGUUCAGGUCCCGGAAGUUCUGGAAGCUCUGGACAGAGUUUAAACAGGAGGGCUCCACCACCAGCUCAACCACCGCGUAACCAUGGCUCCAGCUUGUGUGUUAUCAAUCCUGCCCCUUGUUCCACCAGUUCAGAUCGUAGGCAAGUUACGGGACCAUGCAGCUCGGAUGGAUCAAUGAGGAGGAGGCUGUUUGCAGGCAUGAAAAGCCUUACAGGAUUUGGAUCUAGAUCUAGACACGGCUCACCAGGGCACCGCUCCAUCUCUCUGCCUGAAAGAACAAGCAUGCGAGGCUCCACAAGCGCUGUCAAUAUAAACCCCCAAUAUGGCACCAACAGCGUCGCUCCCCAUUCGCCGCGUCGCCAAAAGUUGAACUUGCGCAUGAAGAGCUUAUCGCUGGAUUCGCCGGAAAGUACAGAACACGUCCAAAGGAGAAAACAUCACGGUGCGCAGGCAACCAGCGAUCCUCAUUCAAACCAAAGCUCGUCAUCGCGGAUCCAAUUUUCAGUUCCUGAAAGAUUCGUUCAAAGCUACGUAGCACGAAGUGACCUGAAAUCUUUAUCAACUCCUUCAAGUCCUGUUCAUAACAGACGUCUUCUUUCCGCUAAAAAUAUAAGGAUGUCAUCGGUUGAGCUUCCAGAUGAAAAUGAGAAAAGUCCUUCUUCAGCCAGUACAUCGCCAUGUCCUAGUCCAGUAGGAGCUAAGAAAUCGCACAGACUUCUCCCCACAAAUCUCUACGUCGUGUUGUAUAAUUUUAAGUCGAGACAUCAAGACGAGCUGGAUUUGAAGGCAGGGUACAAGGUGACGGUGAUAGAUACUUCAGAUCCAGACUGGUGGAAAGGGAAGUGUCUGGGGAGGGUUGGAUAUUUCCCAUCGAAAUACUGUUCCAAGCUUUCCCCCGGAGAAAAAGCACUGCAGGUAACACAUAAUCUGCAAGUAUCUGAUGGUGAUAAUGGGUUAAUGUUAUUGCGGGAUCAAAUAGUAAUUCAAAUCGGUGAAGAAUUAGAUGGAAUGGUAAUGAUUCGUUCAGGAGAUAAUCGUCAAGGAAUUUGCCCGAUAAAAUUUUUGCAAGAGGUGUGACAUCGUUCUGAGGUGGCCUGUCAAGUGAAUAAUAUGUGCACGUGCUUGUCGAACCCACCAAAGACCUUAGAUAAAAUUUAUUAUCCAGAUCCAAAGGCCCCGGUAAUGAUAACCAAUAAUCCUCUUAGACAAAAUAAUACCGCAUUAAAAAAUUCGAAUCAUAAAAAUUCAAAUCACAACGUACACAAUGUAAUAAGAAGUGGUAAUAACAACAGUAGCGCUCUCCAAUAUUAUUACAAUAACAUCAACGGAAAUAAUAAAAGCAACGCUGCAACGAAAAAUUUGGUUAAACAAACGAACGCCUUCGUCGAUAAACGAAAUGAUUUUCAUACAAAAGCACCCUUUUCGUCAACGAAAAGACCGUUAUCGAUUAGAUUGGCGACUCCAAAACAUGUAGCCAGUUUCUUUAAUAGAGCGUUUCGAACGGAUUCGCAAAAAAGGCCGUUAUUAUUCAAUGGAUCUAACAAUAAUUUGAGCAUGAUGAAUGAGUUUCGACCAAACUUUCAAAUUAUUCCCGGGAAAAGUGGGUUGAAAAUAUCAUCGAUAUAUACGAUCAGCGAGAAUGUUGAGAAGUUCUCCUUGAAAAGUUCCAUUUACCGAAACAAGAACCUGUACAUCUCCUCAAAUAGCAGACCGUUAUUCGUUAGAAAGUAAAUGGAAAGAAAAAUAUAUUAAAGUAGAUUUAAUAAAAUCACCGUAGUUUACCUAUUUUUGUAUGUGUUAGGGGCCUACCAAAAAAAAACUUAAAAUUAAAUGUGAUCAAGCACCUUAAAUAUUUAGAUUUUUUUUCUUACAAUUUAUGUCUUCAACUUUAUUUAUAUACAUUAUAUGUGUGCUACACUAGCAAAAAAAACCUAUAAGUGUGGUAGUUACUUGUUGUAACUGAAAAAGUAACUUUAUAAAAAGUGUUUAUUGAAUUAAAAAGAAAAAACACUUAAUAUAAUAAUUAUUAAUAAUGUAAUUAUACUAAAGAAUUAUACUAUAUCUAAUUUUAAUUAGUAAAUUUUAAUUUUUUACUUUGUGUAAUAGUUUAAAGAGAUUUCCCAUUUUGAACAAAAUUCCAAUCAGUAUUAGGUCAAUUUGACAUAAAAUCAACAAAUAAAUCUUAAUUUCAAAGCAAUAAGUGUUACUAAAGCAAGUAGCAAUAAUUUACCCCAAGAGAAACUAAAGGAUUAGAAACAAAAGUAUAAAAGACGAAUUAAAACAAAUACCUGAAAUAGAAAACAAACAGCUGAGUAUGGACACCUACUCAGAAUGCCAGAAGAAAGAAUUCCCAGAAGAGUAAUGAAAAUGAGAAUAGUUGAAAAACGAAGGAGAGGCAGGCCAAGGAUAAAAUGGGAGAAUGGAGUGGAGGAGAUAUUGCGCAAGAGAGGAAGAAGUGUGCAGGAAGUGAAGAAUAUGACAAGACGUAGUUUUAGACAACCCAACGCUGUGAUGGUAUUUAGGGGAAAUGAGAAAGUAGAAGAAGAAGAAACUAAAAGCUUAAGCUUCACUUUGGGAAAUCUCAAUGUCAUAAUAUAAGGCUUAAAAAUAUUUCAUAAAAAUUAAUAAUUAUUCCACAUUUAUUUUGUUAAAUACAUAAAAAAAAAUAAAAACUAAAGUCAAAAGUACAAGAACGUGCAUUUUCCGUCUUUUAGUUUAUUAUUAUUACUAAUAUUUACGAUCGAUUGUAUAUAUAACUUUUUUUUCGCAUAAAAUGUACUAAUUAUACAAUUGCGACCACAUACACAAAUAAAUUUGAAAAAAUAAAAUUUUGAAAAUUAUAAAAAAAUAGAAAUUGCAUUUUUAUAAAGACUGCAAAAUUUCGAAGACGCGUUUAAUGAGUUGAAUUUAUAAUUUCGUACAAAUCGACCAAUUUAAAUCUAAAACUAUUUAAAUAAGGAUUUAGAUAACUUAUAAAUUCCCUUACGAUAUUUAGAUAAUGAAAUUUAACGCUGCACUUUCGCACUAUUAUUGUUAUUUAAUGAAGGUAUAUGUAUAUCUGUUAAAUCUGUGUUACCUAUAUCCAACAAUCACUAAUCCAUUACAAAAAUAAAUAAAUAUUACAUAAAUCUAAA